AUGAAGGCUGCCAGUCGUCGGGAGAGGACCUUCAUCGGCACGCAGUAAGUCGUCCCAUUCGGACACAUACCCUCGUCUACAAUGCCCGGCUGAUACACAUCGCAGAUGCGCAGCUUGUGAAGAGCCACUGGAGCACAUGCUCAGAGGAGAGCGCAUCCUACAGCUCUCCUGCGGCCACGUCGCACACGAAGCUUGCUUUUACGAAUACAUCAAGGAGUUCGAAGAGCAAACAUGCCCCGAAUGUGGGCAUCCUUUGGGCCUCGACACCAGCAGAGGCGCCAACCUCGAUUUCGCAAAUCUCAACAAGCUUGUACGGAAUGCCAACUCAAACACACCGGAUCUGCGCGUCUCAAGAGAUCCAGACGCAACACCACUUCCUUGGGGGGACACGGAGAGCAUCCGCGGACCAAGUGUCAGCACUGAGCAGCACGUACCACAGCGGCCCAUCAAACAGCGGCCCUCCAGAGACCAUCUCUUGCCGGAGCAAAUACACGCGAGUAACGGUAACGGCCGGCCAGAACGAUACGCACCCUCUCACCGCCGAAAUGGAAGCGGGAGUACUGGCAUCGCAUCGAGCGGCGGAUAUGCGGAGACGCAAUACAACGGGGGCAGAAGGCACGACUUCGACGCUCAGUCGACGACAGCUUCCAUGAAGGGUAUCCGCCCGUCACGCAACCCGAUUCCGGCCCCUAUUGUCACCGUGCGCAGCGAGUUUCCCACCGUCGGCAAGUCUCGUCAGCAGCAGAGCUUGACUUGCCUGGUCACGGUCGAAGUUGUGGAAGGGAAAUGGCAUCCCAAUCCCGAAGAUCUGCGAUGUUCGCCGAUCAUCCCCCCUGGCCCUUCACCUAUUCCAGAAGAGUCGCAAUACUCCGCAAGUGUUCCAGCCACACCUUCAGCGACGUCGCGACCUGUUGAUAGUGUUCACGAAGAGAUGCUCUUGGACCAGGCCAGAGACGACCUGUUCCACCGCGUUGAGAACUGGCAUGGUCUCGAUUUCCAAAGAUUCGGCAGGCUCUUGUUGCAUGGCCCCGUGCGAGUGGGGAAAGACCGUCAGGCUUGGCAAGAGUUGGAAUGCUAUCUCUUCACCGAAAUGCUCAUAUGUGUCAAAGAUAAGAGGUUACCGGUGACCGCAAGUCAAGAAUGGAAUGGCGCAGAGGAUGCCAGGUCCAAGUCGCGAUGCACGCUCAAGGGCUCCAUAUUGAUCAAGCGACAUCUGCAGCAGGUCGAGUCGACUCCCGGCAGCGAUGUUCUGACCUUGUUACUGUCCGUCGCGGAGCUACCAGAAUUCCAUCUGCUAUUCGAGGAUGCCCGACAGCUACAGACAUGGCGCAAGGCAUUGACCACCGCCAGUCGACCAGAGCCUAUCGCGCCGGUGCGACCGAAUUUCGACUACGACGAACCAUCAUUCGAUGAGGAUGAAUACAUAUCCAGGAAGCGAGUCUCUUCGGAACCCUCAUCCUACGGCGGCGCUCGCUCGCAAGUCACGGCGCCGACGGAGUACACCAGCUCACGAGCUGGCGUACAAGACCUUCGACUGGGGACCUCAUCUUUGCACAUACCUUUGGACCUCGUCGUUGUGAUUCCUGUUUCAUCGUCCAUGCAUGGCCUCAAGAUGAACCUGUUGCGCGACUCUCUACGAUUCCUUGUGUCUAGUCUCGGCGAGCGAGAUCGCAUGGGACUUGUCACAUUUGGAUCUGGUGCUGGGGGUGUUCCGGCGGUGGGUCUGACAGGCAAGACCUGGCGCGGUUGGGCCGGGGCCCUGGAUUCAAUCCGUCCAAUCAACCACAAGAACAUGCGUGCGGACGUCGUCGAAGGAGCCAAUGUGGCCAUGGACUUACUCAUGCAACGCAAGUCAUGCAGCGGGCUCUCGCACAUUCUGCUAAUCAGUGACUCCUCGACGUCGGACGCCGAGAGUGUCGACUUUCUGGUCUCACGAGCGGAGGCGGCCAAGGUGGCGAUUCAUUCAUUCGGCCUUGGCCUAACGCAUAAACCCGAUUCGAUGGUCGACAUCUCCACCCGCACGAAAGCAAGCUACACCUAUGUCAAGGACUGGAUGAUGUUGCGGGAAUGUCUUGCGGGUUGCAUCGGCGGGCUGCAGAGCACGUCCCAUCAGAACGCUAAGCUUCGUUUACGAUUGCCUGAGGGUUCGCCGGCGAAAUUCGUCAAGAUCAGCGGCGCUCUUCAGGUCACCACCAAGCGCGCGACCGGGCGCGAUGCAGAGGCUUGCCUAGGCGACCUACGAUUUGGCGACAAGCGGGACAUACUAGUUCAGCUCGCCAUACAAGCGGAUACUACAUCUCCAGAUUCCCUACUGUCAGAUCCGUGGGAAAACAUCAUUUCCGGACUCGAAGCACUUGGUCCAAUGGAACAAGAAGACCAACGAGUCGUUUCCGUGGAAGAAGUACCCUUAAUACAAGCCGACCUAUCGUGGGGCGACAUCCUCCGCGAAGGAAGCAAAUCUCAACUCCCCCGUCCCUCUCUCCUGGCCAUCACGGUGCUCCCGACCCCCACCACCAAAAGAAACCCUUACGGCCGCCCAUCAACACCUCCCAUCCCACCACACCCUUCCAUCGUCCAGCGCCGCAUGGAGCUCUUGACUUCCGACAUGCUCGCCCGAGCACUCGGUCUCGUCUCCCGAGGCCAAAACGACCGCGCGCAACAUCUCCUGUCAGAAACAAGAUCCAUCCUCAAAGGCCUCGGGAAAGGCGGCCUUCCUCCCCUCCCGACACCACCUCCCACAGGCGCUCUACCCCCUACCCCACGCAUGACGGAUUCCAGAACCUCCCCGUUGGACUCCCCCUUCCCUCUCCCUCCUCUGAGCAACCGCACCCCAUCACCAGGCCAAUAUCCCUUCGACUCCUCCCCAGCCGCACCUCUCAGCCCUUUCACACCGGCCGUGGGGAUCGACAAACAGACGAUGAAAGCUCUGGAUUCGGAACUGGAAGCUUCCCUGGAAUGGAUUGGUCAUGCGGCUGUCUUUGGACGAGAUUCGAGGAAGGCUGUUUUACAGGCUAUCGGGGUCAUCAGCUCGCAGCGUGGUUUCACAUUUCGGACUGCCUCUGAGGCGCUCUGGGCGGGGAGGAUCCCUGGGAUUAGGAGGUUGGUGGAUCGGAGUCGGGAGUGGAGGGAAGCGGGAGAUGGUGAGAGGUUGAUGGAGGGGGAGGAGGAAUAUUGA